AAAGUUACAUUCCGAUAAUUGACAAAACACAGAGAGAGCUUUGGGUUGGAAUGCGUAUGUGUAUGGGCAGCCACAUGACGUUAUUGUCUCGUGGAAAGCACGAGUUCUUUGUUUAUUUUUUGAUUUGUUGGUGACAAAGAAGGCCAGGUAGUUCAAGUGAAAAAAUGGAUCAAUGGAACACAAGAAAUGACUACGCUCAAUCUUUCGUUGCUGCAACAACCAAUAUGGUUUCUUCAAAUUCACUUCAGUCAUUCCCACCCCGCUCUUCUACUCGUCUUCAGAACUCAGCUCUUGAACCCAGGCAGAGGCAAGAAGUGGAAGUGAAAAAUCCAAUUGCUGUUGCAAAAAAAGUUCAAAAGGCAGACCGUGAAAAAUUGAGGAGGGAUAAUCUUAAUGAGCAGUUUCUUGAAUUGGGUACCGCACUAGACCCAGAUAGGCCAAAGAAUGACAAGGCCACCAUUUUGACAGACACAAUUCAAGUGCUGAAGGAUCUAACAGCUGAAGUGAACAGACUAAAGGCUGAGUGUGCGACACUCUCAGAAGAAACCCAUGAGCUAAUGCAGGAAAAAAAUGAGCUCAGGGAAGAGAAGGCAUCUUUGAAAGCUGAUACUGAAAAUUUAAAUGCCCAGUAUCAUCAAAGGACAAGGGCUAUGUUCCCAUGGGCUGCUGCUGAUCCUUCUGUUGUAAUUCCUCCUUAUUCUUAUCCGGUUCCUGUACCUGUCUCUCCAGGCCCAAUUUCCAUGCACCCGUCAUUGCAGCCAUUUGUCUUCUUUGGAAACCAGAAUCCCGGUGCCAUUGCUAGUCCUUGUUCAACAUUUAUUCCAUACCCAACUGCAAAUCACCCAAAUGAUCAGCCACCUGCUCUGUAUGCUUCUGGUUCCCAAUUUUCAAGCAAACAGGAUUCCAGAACCAAGUCAACAGAUCACCAGGGGGGCAGAAAUAAAGAAAGAUGCAAUGAUUCUUCUGAUGUUGCAACUGACCUUGAACUUAAAAUGCCUGGAUCAUCAGCACAACAGGAUAUAUCAUCUGAAGUAAAGAAAGGCAAGCAGUGUCAAAUAAAGGAAAGAAUUAUCACAAAUGUUAGCUCCUCGUGCUCAUCAUCUUCAGGGAUGCUCCUCUAACAGCAUGGGAGAUGUCCCAACACCUAGUAAGUGAGGUUGCCAGUAGGUCAUGUCUUCGGUGCUUUCUAAGUGCUGACUGUUAAGAUAUUAUGUGUUUGUUGUGACACUUCGAUAAUAAUUUCCUCGAUUUGAGCUUUAGCCUGACAAGCAUGAGAUCAUUGCUAACAGCUUCAACAUGGAAGCAGCAUGCUUUAUGGUUAUAGUGGAGUUUUGGGGUAACAACCUGGUUAUAUGCGGCAACAGAAGGACCUGGAAGAGGGUGCACCGUACUCCAUUUUACUUAGUCUACUCCUCUAGAAUUCUGAUCUGGUUCUUGACUAACUGACAUAAAGCUUAAGGUUUGUCUGAUAUUUUUUUAGGUGCCUGCUGAUCAAUAUAAGAGCAAUUUAUACAGGUGGAGAAAACUGUAAAUUAUCACUCCAAAAUGCUUGAUACUUUCAUUGGUUAGCCAGUUUAGUUGUAAACAUCCCUUUCUGUUGUAAGUUCCUUUUUAUGUAGCAUCACAGCCCUUCACAGUUGGAAUUAAUCUGUUAUUUUGUUGCUUUUACAAUGGCAAUGAAAAAUGCCUCAGUGAAGCACAACUCUAAUGGAUCGUAUGCUAGAAUUAUUUGA